CGUUUUAGUGUUCUAGAAGCGUAAAACCGUAAGUUUUUAAGUUUUAAAGCGCGAUUUUGACUGAAUUGUUCACUCGAACUGAUCGUAGUUUGGUGUUAUGUUUUAGCGAGUCACAAGGGAUACAAGGUUUGAUCGCUUUAGUGGAAGGUAAUGCAUUUUAAAAUUGUAAUGCAAGAAGAAUAAGGCGAUCAUGAUAGGGAAAGCCUUUGUCUUAUGUCGUUUACCUUAAAAGCAAAGGUUUUAGCAAACUAGCAUUCAUUUCAAGAGAUUCGGUGGAGGAUUACACAACCAUAUUUCUGCUUGCCUACACCUACUUAUUUGAUUUUGCAAAAGGUCGCCCUUACUCUAUUCCCUCAUCAGGAAAAUUCGGACGAGUUGGACACCCACAAAAAAAGAAAGAAGAUGAGUUCCUCUUUCUUUUAUCAUGUUGUGUGAAAUGGAAGUUUCAUGGCGAAAACUCUAUGGAAAAAGGUGGAUCAAUUCGAUGUUUAAUUUUGUGUUAGAAUACAAGUGUCGGCUAGUAAAUCAAUGGAUAGUCUUGGUCCUCUUGAAAAUACCGGUCAAAGAAAAAACUAAUUUAUAAAUGAUACAUAUAAAACAUCUACAGUUCGACUUAUGGUGAAAGUUUUAGUUACAACAAUGUUGACCAUUUAAUUAUAUUAAAUAUCAUUUGAGAUUUCGGCACAAAUGAUACUUUUUAGUUAAGGAUAGCAACCCAGACAACUAUUCCAUAUAUAUUGAUAAUUGAAAAUCAAGUUUUUAAUGUUCUCAUUUGAUGAUCAUAUAGAGCCGAGCUCGCAUGAUGCAAUGGGUCGAAUCGUCGAAGAGGAAGCUGAUCUGUCGUAUGCACUUCCGACUGACACAGUCGACAGUUUGAGGAAUAAAUGUGCUUAGGUACUUAUGAAAUCACGAUUAUAGGACCAAUCAUAUAUCCCAUGAAAGAUUUUAUCUCUAAGAACUCUUUGAAGAAAUUUUUUAGCAAACGAAUUAAAGAAGUUUAAAUUUUGAAAUGAUAAAUAAAUAUGCUUAUAGAAAAAAGACACUAUAAAUAUUUCAAAAUAAGCUACACUGACAUAAAAAGUUCAUUAUUUUAUGAAUUUUUGCGAAUAUGAAGAAUUUAUAACAAACAUAUCAAAGAAGGAAAUAGAUCCCAACAAAGGCCGGCUUACCCCAAUCGGAUUAUAUUUCUUUUGCACAUCGUUGUUAAUAUGAAUGUUAAUGUGUUGAGAAAAAUACACUGAAAAGUAGUUUAGUUUUAAAUACAAAAUUAUUAAAAACAUACGAAUUGUAUUUGUUAUAUUAGGCAGUAUACAGUUGUUUAACUGGCUGAUAUUUAUAUAUAAAUUACUAAUUUUAUCAGUGAAUAUGUUCUGCGGCAGAAGGAUUCAAAUUUCCAAGCAACGGGAUCCAAACCCAUCACUUUAACACUUGGUCAUACUCCAAAUAAAUUAGUAUUGGUUCUUCAUCAAUUCCUCCUCAAAUAGUUAUGAAAUAAAUUAGCUUGAUUCUCAAGAUGCAAUAUGUAUCUUUUUUUAUGAGAAAAGUUUUAUAAUGGUAUUAGGUUUUUGGAAUUAUUUCUUUUAGGACUGGUGUACUUUAAGGAAGAACUCCUAUAAUGAGUAAUGAGAGCAUAUUUAGUUAAGACGUGGUUUGUAAGUUGCGAUUGGUAAAUAAAUAUAUUGUUGUGAAUGCAUGUAUACUAUUAUACAUGUAUUGUCGAAUUUGGUGCAUUGUAGAAUACAACGUUUGAUAUGUGUAAUUGUGUAUGUCAACUCAACAUAAAAAGCCGAGACAAUAUAAUUUCAACUCAACUAUAUCAACCAUCGCAACUAAAAGUUGAGAUAUAAUUUAGGGUAAAUACAAUUUAAUAUCCAAACCUUUCAUUUUAAACAAUAAAAUAACAAAACCUUUUCGAAAACAAUCUAAUAUCCAAAUCGUCAACUUUUCGUCCGUUUGACCGUUGUUUGACACUUCAAAAAAGUUUUGUUUAGGGGAAAUUGUCACAAUACAACUUUGUUUUCUUGUUAUGGCAUUGCAGAUGACUGAAUAUUUAGAUAUUUUAUACCAUCAUGGUGGAGUCAUGGACUUCUCGGGUUUGGAACCACGAUAUGUUGGUGGUUUUUCAUAGAAAAUGUCGAUGGAUAUUGAUGAAGUGUCGUACUUCGAACUUUUUUGAAGUGUCAACUAACGGUCAAACGAACGGAAAGAUGGCGAUUUGGAUAUUAGAUUGUUUUCGAAAAUUUUUGGCUAUUAUAUUGUUUAAAAUGAAAGGUUUGGAUAUUAAAUUGUAUUUACCCUAUAAUUUAUGGUCAUAUUACAUGUAUUGUUUUUUCUGAAAAAAAAGGCAAAAUACAUUUCUAUAGCCAAAACUUUCACGUUUGUGUCAAUAAUAGCCAAAUUUGGAGAAAUACCAUUUAUAGCCACAUUUUUAAAACUUAUUGGACUAAUUUAGCCAUUUUCGUCAAAUACUUUAACACCGUCAACUAUUCUGUCAGUGAAGUGGACAUUAGGCUAAUGUGAAUGCCACCUAGACGACACAUCAUGUCCACAUCGAUCUUGCCAUGUCACAUGGCAGCCAUGUCACAAUUUAAAGUAAAUUUUUUAUGUUAUUUCAUUUAAUUUUAAAGAUCUCUUCUCCAUCUCCUUCUCCUUCCAGGACAAAAAAAAAAAUAAUAAUAAUAAUAAUAAGAGGAUCUGUCCCCUUCAUCUUCUUCUUCCUACCGUCAUCACAAACCUCCAUACCGCCCUGAAAAUCCGACCGCCGCCGCCACCCUGAAAAUCCCCCUCAACCAGCUCUUCAUCCUCCCAAAUCCCUCUCUACGAGCUCUCGAUAAUGAAAACCCCACCCAGAUUCUUAAACCCCCAUACCCAAAUCCUCCACCGCCUUCAACAAACCAAGAUUAUUGGCACAGAGAUUAGGGUUCAUAGAUAGGGGUUUUCAAAAAGUUUGAGAGAGGAAGAGAGAGAGAGAGAAAUGGAGGAUUCUUCUUCGACGAACUGCAAGCGAUCGAACGGAGGAUUUGACGAAGUUGCCUGGGAUUCCGCGACGACUGCGAGGAACUUCUCCAAGAAUUUGAAGAAGUGCGGAUGGAGUUCACGGAAUUGAAAUCGAGCUCCACUCGAUCUCCCCAUGAAUUCUGAAGUAAUUCGCCGACGCUGCUGCUCAUCAGCUGAGGGGAAGGGGGAUAGCCCGACGACGUCGAUGUCGAAUUCGUCGCCAGCAUCUGGCCGUCUCAUGUUCGACGGCGAUUUCUGCUCCGCUACGGCCGACUCCCACGCUAUACUUUUACAAAUUAAUUAUUUUUUCUAAACCCUAUCAAUCUCAUCUCCCAAAUCGUUUCGCCUUCCUUCUCGGUCCCAACCACCGCACAAUUCCCAGAAAGAACAAAGAUUGCCUCACCACCACACUUCAAUCUCCCUCUCUUUCCCUCUUGCCCACUCCCUCUCUUGAUGAAUGGAUGGAUGAAUUCAUUUUUUUUUUUUUUUUGGAAUUGGCUGUAUCUUCUUGCUACUUUUCUUCUUCUGCGAGCUCUUUGCUUCUUGUUUUCAUCAUGGUCUAGUGAGGGCUUUGCAAUUUUUAUCCUAUAUUUUUUUCAUUUUCUAAAUCCACGUGGAUAUUUACAGAUGAAACUAGAGAUCAGAGGUCGUCACAUCAGCAUUUCCGUUUGUUCAAUCAUACCUAACGCUAACACCGUUGAAGAAUUGAACGGAAGUGGUUAUAAGUGGUAUUUCUUCAAAUUUGGCUAUUAUUAAUUAGGAUGUAUUUUGAAAAAAAAAAUACAUCCUAAAACAAUAUAAUUACAGACAUUUCUCGUCCCCGCCUCCGCCGCCGGCUGACGCGAGCCCUUCUUCCAUGAACGACCAAACUCCGAACACUCCUCUUCCCGGAGAUGGAGCUGCCGGCCAGAUGGAUGAUCAGUCGUCGGCUACCAUGCUCGACCUCACCAGCUUUCAACUCCACGAUCUCACCUCCGUAGAGUUGCCGCCGACGCUCACCGAAUUAGACCUCACGGCCAAUCGCUUGUCCGGCUUGGACCCCAGGAUUGCCCACCUCGCUAACCUCACCAAGCUCUCUCUCCGCCAGAACCUCAUCGAUGACGCCGCCGUCGAGCCCCUCUCCCAUUGGGACCUCCUCUCCGGCAUCGAGGAACUAGUGCUUAGAGAUAAUAAGCUCGGCAAAAUCCCGGACGUUGCCAUGUUCAAGAAGCUCUUGGUUUUCGACGUAUCGUUCAACGAGAUCCAUUCCGCUCAGGGGUUGUCGAAGGUCUCUUCUACGCUGAGAGAGCUCUACGUCUCCAAAAAUGAAGUUCCUAAGAUGGAGGAGAUUGAUCAUCUCUUUCAAUUGCGAAUUCUUGAACUUGGUUCUAACCGACUCAGGGUAAUGGAGAACCUGGAAAACCUGAAAAACUUGGAGGAGUUAUGGCUUGGAAGGAAUCGUAUCAAACAGGUUAACCUUUGUGGGUUGAAAUGCAUCAAGAAGAUCAGUUUGCAGAGCAAUCGGUUGACUACCAUGACGGGUUUUGAGGACUGUGUUGCUUUAGAGGAACUGUACUUGAGCCAUAAUGGUAUUGAGAAAAUGGAAGGCCUAUCAGCCUUGGUUAACCUCCGUGUGCUUGAUGUAUCAUCUAACAAGCUCACUUCUGUCGAUGACAUUCAUGGUCUGCCAAAGCUAGAAGAUCUAUGGCUCAAUGACAACAGAAUAGAGUCUCUUGGAAGCAUUUCUGAUGCUGUUGCUGGCUCGAGAGAAAAAAUGACCACAAUCUACCUGGCAAACAAUCCAUGUGCAAACUCUCCUGACUACUGUUCUACAUUGAAGCAGAUCUUUCCAAACAUUCUGCAAAUUGACUCCAAUGUGUACGGUUAAUCAGCGGCUAGUAAAAAAACGGAUUUUCCAGUGAGAGUCGUAAGUUAUGCGUAUGGGCUAUGGAUGGCGCAGUCCCUUAUUAGGAACCCACAAAUCGCCAUGUUAGCUGGCUUUGCAGGUUGUCUGACCUCCCAGUUUUUUGUUGGUAGGAAACAGUAGCUGAUAUUGUUAGAAGGAGCUAGCUGCAUGAGAUAAUUCCGGGUUUAGAUUAUAUAUUCGUCUCUGAUUCCAGUUAUCUUUUUUGCUUCCAUGGUCUGCUCUCUGUUCGAUGUUUUCUUGGUUGUCCUUCCCGCUCAAGAGGUCGAAGUUUGAGAUGCAUGAAUUCCUUAGCCACUGAACUUAAAAACCCUUUCACUGUUAACGGGUUUGUGCAAUGCUUUCGGACGCAUGGUGGAGUAGCACGGUUGAGUAGUUUAUAGGUAUUAGGGUUGGUUUGGUUUUGAUGAUUGUUUGCUUGAGAUAGUCACAGUGCAUUGUUUUUUUUUUUUAGCACAAACAAUACAUGUAUUGUUUGCUUGAUGUGAUGGAAAUUAUCACUUAAAAUGAGUGAUAGUAAUAUCUCUACUUAAACUUGAGAUUGUUGAGAUAGUUUUAAUGAGAUUGUUGGGUUCCUUUUUGUUCCAAUCAUACCCCUAGUUAUAUUUAUAUGUUAUCAUAAAAGCAAUGGCAAAAGUGAUCUUUCUCACAAAAAGUAAUAUAACAUGUUGAAUACGAGCUUUGGUAUUUGCGAUUGUUAAAAUUGAUGUAUUGUAUGAAUGCAAGCAUUAUAAAUUGAUGUAUUGGUUAAAUGCUUGCAUUCUAAGAUUACAAUGUUUGGUAGUUGUGAUUGUAUUUUUAGGAAUGUAGUGGUCGUUUGGAAAUUGCGAUUGUUAAAUAGAUGUAUUGUUGAGAAUGCAUGUAUAAUAUUAUACAUGUAUUGUCGAAUUUGAUGCAUUGUAGAAUACUACGUUUGGUAUGUGUGAUUGUGUAUGUUGCAUUAGCUAAAAGCUGAGACAAAACAAUCUCAACUCAACUAUCUCAACAAUCACAACUAAAAGUUGAGAUAUAAUAAUCACUCAAAAUGAGUGAUAGUUUCUGUCACAUAGAAACAAUCCAUGUAUUGUUUCUUCUAAAAAACAAAAAAAACGAUGCAUUAUAAACAAUACAUGCAUAAUGACAAUCUCAACAAAACAAUCGCAACUUCCAAACGACCCUAGUUGGAAAACCACUUUUUGAAUGAAAGCCACAUUUAUCCUUCCUUUUAGAUAUAAAAGUCAAUCAUAUAUAAAAGUUGAUAAGGGCAUAAAAGAGAAGAAAAGUUGAUUCAUACUCUCAAAAUACAAUCUCAACAAUAUCACAAAAUACUUGAGAUUCUAAAUCAUUCAUUUUGAAUGAUUUCAAAUGUCACAUCAACAAUCAAAUACAUGCAUUGUGUUUUAUUUUGCAACAAAAAAACGAUGCAUUCUCUACAAUACAUGCAUUCAUUAAAUACAUCAUUUAGAUACGC